AUGGCUAAAUUAGACAUCAACAUCCCUAACAUGGAGCUGCCAGAUGGCAAUAAGAUACCGAUGAUCGGAUAUGGUCUGGGCACUGCAUGGUACAAACAAAGUGCAGAUGCUCCGAAGGAUCAGGCGACGAUUGAUGCCACCAAGACGGCCAUCAAGGUCGGCUAUAGACAUAUUGACGGAGCCGAAGUGUACAACACAGAGGUGGAACUGGGCGAGGCGGUCAAGGAGAGCAAAGUGCCCCGCGAUCAGCUCUUUAUCACAACCAAAGUCAUCACGCAUAUCGACGACAUCCCAGGUGCCAUUGAUCGAAGCCUGAAGAAAAUGGGUCUUGACUACGUUGACUUGUACCUCAUCCAUGCCCCCUUCUUCGCCAAAGGAGACGACAAACUGCUUCAGCAAAAGUGGGCGGAUAUGGAACAGGUUGCAGCUUCGGGAAAGGCCAAAAGCAUCGGGGUCAGCAACUUCCUCCAACCUCACCUGGAUGCCAUUCUUCAGACAUGCAAAGUUCGACCGGCCAUCAAUCAGAUUGAAUUCCAUCCUUACCUGCAACACGGAGACCUCCUCGCUUAUCACAAGAGUAAAGAUAUUCGUGUCGCGGCCUAUGCCCCGCUUACACCCGUCACAAAGGCAAAGGGAGGCCCAAUUGAUGGGUUGCUUGAAUCACUGGCAAAGAAGUAUGCCGUUAACCCAGGGGAGAUACUGUUGAGGUGGUGCAUUGAUCAGAAUGUAUUGCCAAUCACGACCAGCUCGAAGGAACAACGAAUGAGUGACAUGUUGCGAGUCUUCACCUUUGAACUGAUUCCCAAGGAGGUCGAAGAGAUUCGGGUUGAGGGAAACAAGAAGCAUUUUAGGGCAUUCUGGGGCCACAUUUUUGAUGCGAACGACCGGUCAUGA